CUUCAUCUCUUGGACCUCGCCGGGCAGCUCGUCAAAUCGUUCGCGGCCCAUACGGCCUCGAUAAUGGACAUCUCUCUCGACAUUACCGGCGACUGGAUUGCGACGGCAUCUAUAGACGGACAGGUCGCGGUUUACUCGAUAUCCCAGCCCGAUUCGCACGUCUUUAACCUCAAACGGCCCGUCCGCACUGUCGCGCUGGAGCCCAACUUUGCGAAGAGCAGCACGCGAUCGCUCAUUUCCGGCGGUAUGGCCGGCAACCUCGUCCUGCACGAGAAGGGCUGGCUCGGCUAUAAGGAGACGAUUCUUCACUCUGGCGAAGGGCCAAUCUGGCAAGUCCGAUGGAGGGAGAAUCUCGUCGCGUGGGCAAACGAUUUGGGAGUCAAAAUCUACGAUACCACCUCCCAAUCACGCAUCACUUUCAUCGACCGCCAUGCGGACAGUCCUCGCGGAGACUUGUUCAAGUGCACGCUUCAUUGGCAAGACGAGAGCACGCUCCUCAUUGGGUGGGCGGACCAAAUCAAGGUCGCUCGUGUCCGCGCACGCCCACGCAAAUCUACUUCUGCCCCAAAUCUCCCCCCUCUCCUCGUCGAGAUCACUGCAGUAUUCCAGCUUGACUGCAUGAUCUCUGGCAUCGUCCCCCACCCCAUGUCCCCUUCACCCAGCUCCCCCAACGCCCCGGCUGCACCCGCACAGAAGAACGGCUCAGUGCGCUCCGCGGCCCCCCCUGUGCUCACCGCAUUUCUCGUCGUCGCCUAUACCCCGACCGAUGCCUCGCUUCUCACAGGCGCCGAAGGUGAGGCCGCGAGCGACCGUGCCGCUCAAGCACGCAAGCUUGCGGAGCGUCCAGAGCUCCGCAUCAUCUCCCGCGGGGGCGAGGAGCUCGCAGCGGACGCGCUUGGGAUCAGCGGGUUCGAGCGGUGCGGGUGCAACGACUACGUCCUCGUCGACGUCGAGCCCGGGCCCGUCAAGGCCGGCGCAAACGGGGCCGGCUCUAGCGGGGCUGGGGCGGACGAGCGGUUCUACGUCGUGCUCAGCCCGCAGGACCUCGUUGUCGUCCGCCCGCGGGACUGGCGCGACCACGUCGCGUGGCUCGUCGAGCGCAAGCAAUAUGAAGAGGCCUUAAACGUCAUCGAGCGCAUGGGAAAUGAGCAAGGCACGGGCGCGGAGAAGGACGAGCUAGACGCGGUGACCAUCGGACAGCGAUACGUCGAGCAUCUGGUCGGUGAGGGCGACUUCGAAAAAGCCGCCCGGCUCUGUCCGAAGGUGUGCGGGCAGGACACGAAGCGGUGGGAGGAUUGGAUUUUCGUCUUCGCGCAGAAGCAACACUUGCAAGCGAUCAUCCCGUUCGUGCCCACGGAGUCGCCUACGCUGGACCAGAUGGUGUAUGGGAUGGUGCUCGCCCACUUCGUCAAGCAUGAUCGGCAGACGCUAUUGCAAACUAUCAAGACAUGGCCAAAGGGCAUCUAUGAUAUCUCCGCCGUCAUCGUCUUGGUCCAGUCCGAGCUCGACCACGCUCCAUCCUCGUCUUCUAUGAAACCCACGGGCCCCGACACGAUCAUCCUCAUGGAGUGUCUCGCCGAAUUGUACACCCUCAAUCGUCAGCCUGGCAAGGCACUUCCAUACUUCCUUCGCCUGCGGCGUCCGAACGUCUUCGACCUUAUCCGCGAUAACAACCUAUUCACGGACGUACAGGAUCAAGCGCUCCUUCUCGUCGAGUUCGACCAGGAACUCCGCGAGAAGCAGAAGCAGGCCGGAGAAGAUAUCGACACCGACCCCGUAGCAGCGAUUACGCUUCUCGUGGAUCACAUACACUCCAUCCCGAUGACCAGGGUGGUUCAACAGCUGGAGAGCCGACCGUACUACCUCUUCCUUUACCUCAACUCCCUGUUCCAGAAGGAUCCCCAUCUGGCGUCACCGUACGCCGACACGCAUGUCAAGCUAUAUGCAGAGUACGCACCACGCAAGCUCAUCGACUUCCUCCGCGCGAGCAACUACUACAAUCUGGAAGCGGCAUACAACGUCUGCAACGAGCGUGACCUGGUUCUGGAGAUGGUAUUCCUGCUGGGCCGCAUGGGCAACAACAAGAAGGCGCUGUACCUCAUUAUCGACCGGCUCGGCGACGUCAAUCGCGCGAUCGACUUCGCCAAGGAGCAGCAUGAUGACGACCUCUGGGAAGACUUGCUCCGCUAUUCCGAGACAAGGCCUGCCUUUAUUCGCGGUUUACUCGAGAAUGUCGGCGCGGAAAUUGACCCCAUUCGGCUCAUUCGGCGCAUCAAGAAUGGACUCGAGAUCCCAGGUCUCAAGCCGGCGCUCAUCAAGAUCCUCCACGACUUCAAUCUCCAAGUCUCGCUCUUGGAGGGCUGUCAGACGAUCCUGAACGGCGACUGCGCGGACCUCGCCCACGAGCUCCAUCGGAGUCAGACGAGCGGUUUCUUCCUCAGUGCGAGAACCCCGUGUCCGGUCUGCGGCAACUCGCUCGCGCAGACGCCGCACGGGCUCAACCUGCUCUUCCUCUGCCGACACGUCGUGCACGCGCACUGCGUCAGAGACGACGUCGAGCUCCCACACCAGCCCGACCCGGCGCUCAUUGGGAUGGGCAUCGGCGGCCAGCCCGGUGUCGGCGGCAAGAUCUCGUUCACGGCGAUCCUGCGCGCGAGGAUCAACACGGGCUGCCCGGUCUGCCACAAACGCAGCGAGGGGCAAUGGACUUGA